GAAGCAGCCGCCGCCGCCGCGCUCCCUCGCUCGCUCCCUCGCCUUCUCUCGCGCGCUCUCUCUCUCUGCCGGGGAAGCGCGGGCCGGAGAGCCCUUCCGGAGCGCCCCGUGGCCGCCGCUUCUCCCGCGCCACCUGCCUUGCCUGCCCUCCUCCGUGGCCGCUGGGAAGGCGGAGUUGCAGCCACCACCGCCGCUGCUACUGGGCUGCCUUCCCCGCCGGUGGAGCCCGGACUCUGAGCCCAGCCGAGGACGACGACGAGGCGGAGGAGGAGCGCGCGUGGCUCGCCUAUUGUUUCCCAGCGGCGCCGGAGUCGGUUUUGGUCCUGCGGAGCGGAGGGGACACCUGGGACCGUCGGCCUCGCAGGACUUUCUCCCCCCCCCCCACCCUCCUUGAAAGGCUCGCCUGCGCCCGGGAGGGCCCCCUCCCCCGUCCGAGCGAGUAGCUGAAGACCUGAACUUCAAGGAAGAAGGAAACAACGCUGUGCUGGCCAGCACAAGCCCUCAUGGAUUCUGAGAACUCUGUUGCUGACCAGUAGCUGGAGAAGGGGGAUGUUUACGUGGAAGUGUCUUAUUUUGGGGGCUGUGCUGGUCAUAGCCACACUGUCCACUGCAAGACCAGCGCAAACCCUGCCAGAGCAAGUUCUCCCCCAAACGAGCCUCGAAGUGGAGUCUUACUUGGCUCACCCUGGCGACCUCCUCCAGUUGCGCUGCCGCCUGCGGGACGAUGUUCAGAGCAUCAACUGGGUACGAGACGGGGUGCAGCUAUCCGAGAACAACCGGACGCGCAUCACAGGGGAGGAGGUAGAGGUCAGGGACGCUGUGCCCGAGGAUUCGGGCCUUUACGCCUGCAUGACCAACAGCCCCUCGGGAAGCGAGACCACCUAUUUCUCCGUGAACGUCUCAGAUGCUCUCCCCUCUGCAGAAGAUGACGAUGACGAUGAUGAUUCCUCCUCGGAAGAAAAGGAAGCAGACAACUCCAAACCGAACCAAGCCAUCCCACCUUACUGGACCUACCCGGACAAGAUGGAGAAGAAACUCCAUGCUGUUCCUGCUGCCAAAACUGUGAAGUUUAAAUGCCCCUCUAGUGGGACACCCACCCCUUCGCUGCGUUGGCUGAAGAAUGGCAGGGAAUUCAGACCUGAUCAUCGCAUUGGUGGUUUCAAGGUUCGCCAUGCAACCUGGAGCAUCAUCAUGGACUCCGUGGUCCCAUCAGAUAAAGGCAACUACACUUGCAUUGUGGAGAAUAAAUAUGGAAUCAUCAAUCACACCUACCACCUUGAUGUUGUUGAGAGAUCUCCUCACCGGCCUAUCCUACAAGCUGGGCUCCCAGCUAACAAGACGGUUUCACUGGGUAGCAAUGUGGAAUUUGUCUGCAAGGUCUAUAGUGACCCUCAGCCCCACAUCCAGUGGCUGAAGCACAUAGAAGUCAAUGGAAGCAAGAUUGGACCAAAUAACUUGCCUUUUGUUCAAGUCUUGAAGCACUCGGGAAUAAAUAGCUCUGAUGCGGAAGUGCUGACCCUCUAUAAUGUGACAGAGGCUGAAAGCGGGGAGUAUGUUUGUAAGGUUUCCAAUUAUAUUGGUGAGGCUAACCAGUCUGCGUGGCUGACCGUCACCAGACCCGUGGCUGAAGCUAUAGAAGACAAACCAGCUAUGAUGACUUCCCCUUUGUACUUGGAGAUCAUCAUUUACUGCACAGGGGGCUUCCUCAUCUCCUGCAUGAUCGUGACCGUCCUCAUUUACAAGAUGAAGAGCACCACCAAGAAGACCGACUUCAACAGCCAGUUGGCCGUCCAUAAACUGGCCAAGAGCAUCCCCUUGCGCAGACAGGUAACAGUCUCAGCUGAUUCCAGUUCCUCCAUGAACUCUGGUGUGAUGCUUGUGCGUCCCUCAAGGCUCUCCUCCAGUGGGACCCCAAUGCUAACUGGGGUCUCUGAAUACGAGCUGCCAGAAGACCCUCGCUGGGAGUUGCCCAGGGACAGGCUGAUCCUAGGGAAACCCCUGGGAGAAGGAUGCUUUGGGCAAGUGGUCCUGGCUGAAGCAAUAGGCUUGGAUAAAGACAAGCCAAACCGAGUUACGAAAGUGGCAGUCAAAAUGCUAAAAUCUGAUGCGACUGAAAAAGACCUGUCUGACUUGAUCUCGGAGAUGGAGAUGAUGAAGAUGAUUGGAAAACACAAGAACAUCAUCAAUCUCCUUGGAGCGUGUACUCAGGACGGCCCGCUCUAUGUGAUAGUAGAAUAUGCAUCCAAGGGGAACCUAAGGGAAUACCUACAAGCCCGCCGCCCACCUGGCAUGGAAUACUGCUAUAACCCCACCCACGGCCCAGAAGAACAACUCUCUUUCAAAGAUCUGGUAUCCUGUGCAUACCAAGUGGCCAGGGGCAUGGAAUACCUGGCAUCCAAAAAGUGUAUUCACCGAGAUUUGGCGGCCAGGAAUGUGUUGGUAACGGAAGACAUUGUGAUGAAGAUUGCUGAUUUUGGCCUUGCUCGAGACAUUCACCACAUAGAUUAUUACAAAAAGACAACUAACGGUCGUCUUCCAGUCAAAUGGAUGGCCCCAGAAGCCUUGUUUGAUAGAAUAUACACCCACCAGAGUGACGUGUGGUCAUUCGGUGUCCUCUUGUGGGAGAUCUUCACCCUGGGGGGCUCUCCGUACCCGGGAGUGCCAGUGGAGGAGCUGUUCAAACUGCUGAAAGAGGGGCAUCGGAUGGACAAACCCAGCAAUUGCACCAAUGAACUGUACAUGAUGAUGCGGGAUUGCUGGCACGCCGUUCCAUCCCAACGGCCGACUUUUAAGCAGCUGGUCGAAGACUUAGAUAGGAUCGUGGCCAUGACCUCAAACCAGGAAUACCUGGACCUCUCUCUACCAUUGGAUCAGUAUUCUCUCAGUUUUCCAGACACUCGCAGUUCCACCUGCUCUUCUGGGGAGGACUCCGUUUUUUCCCACGAUCCCCUCCCUGACGAACCUUGUCUUCCCAAGCAUCCACCUCACCUUGCCAACGGCGGACUCAAAAGGCGCUGAUGCCGCAACAUCUGCGGGACCCUUCUGUGCAUGUGAGUGUGGAGCGUGUGUGUCCGUGAAUGAAUGAGUGUGCGUCUGUGUGCACAGUCUCUGUCCAGCUGGGCUGGAAGGAGGACCACCGGAGGGCAUUAAGGAACUGCGAAAAAGUCCAUUCCAAGCAACCAAGCCUACUCAUCCUCAUCUCCUUCGCUACACUGCCAUCUGUUGCAAGCCUUAAGCCUUCUGAAGAGCUGCUCAUACGAAUCUUGUAAUCUUGGGUGGGAAGCGGUGUCUAAACAACAACGAAAAGGAAGAUCCAGACGUCUGUUUCCUAGACAGAAGCAUGCUGUUACUUCUCAGAAGGAGAUUCUGGAGUAGGGGGUGAAAAACAUUCCCAUGAAGAUGAAAGUCCUUUCUUUUUCCCCAUUCAUAAAUCCGACCUCUGCAACCUGUGAGA